AUGCAGCUGCUAAGAAGUGUUGUCUUAUGGAUCUGGCUAGUGGCAGCUGGACCUCAAUGUCUUAUUUCGUUAACCGCGGGCUAUCAGGUCCAAGUCCGUAUACCCGUGUGGGAUGUUGGAGGCAUUAUCUCACAUGUCACGGGUCUUACCAAGGGGCAAGCCAACAAUCAGAAGAAGAAAGAUCGACCCACCCAUGAAGAGUAUUGGGCUCCCUCAUAUGGAUACUAUGAUCCUUCACCUCCAAUUUAUCCGCCGCCACCUUACUACCCAUAUCCUCCGUAUGUGCCACCUACCAGUCCGCCGUGGCCAACACCUGGACCACCAACUAAACUACCAACGAAACCACCAACAAAGCCACCAACAAAGCCUCCAACUAAGCCACCAACGAAGCCACCAACUAAGCCACCAACGAAGCCACCAACUAAGCCACCAACUAAGCCACCAACUAAGCCACCAACUAAGCCACCAACUAAGCCACCAACGACAACAGAACCUCCAACCGAUUCUACAACUGAUGUGACAACGGAGAUAACAACAGACUCAACAACGGACGCAACCACUGAUGCAACAACUGUUGUAACAACUGACGCAACAACUGUUGUAACAACGGACGCAACAACUGUUGUUACCACGGACGCAACAACUGUUGUUACCACGGACGCAACAACUGUUGUUACCACGGACGCAACAACUGUUGUUACCACGGACGCAACAACGGAUGCAACAACGGAUGCAACAACGGCAACAAAUCCUCCUGUCCGAAACCUCUGUUCAAUAUAUCCCUACCUUCCAGAGUGUCAGAAAAUUAAAUCAGUGCACCUGAAAAACAAUAAGUUAAGCAAUGUUUUUCAGCCCGAACAGAAGCUCUCGAUCGAAACUAUGCCACACUCGGUGACCUCGCUUUGUUUCUACUAUCCCCGCUUGUGCAUGAAGCCCGAAGAAGCCCAGUUCGUAAGAUUGUCGGACGAGAAUGGAAGACCGUUGCUCUUAAUAUCCCCAGUUGAUGGGAAACCAUCGCAAUCUUUGGCGCAGCAUAAGUUCCGGCCAAACGGAAAAAGAGUUUCUUAG